UCCGUAGUGCGGAGGACGCGGCGCGGGGAUGCGGGCGGCGCUGCGGCUGCAGUUCGGCCGGACGCGGUGGGCGCUCCGCGUCUCGGAGGCGGCCCCCCGGCCGCGCUGCGUCGGGCCCGGCUCCGCCCCGUCCCCGCGGUGCUGGAGCUGCGGCGGCGCUCUCUCCGGCGUGGACGCGGUCCCCCACUUCUGCCCCCGCUGCCGGGCCCUGCAGCCGCCGGAGUCUCGGCCCGACCUCUUCCGCCUCAUGGAGUGUGACCGCUCCUUCCGUCUUGACGCGCAGCGGCUGCAGCGGCGGUUCCGGAGCCUUCAGCGCGCGCUGCACCCCGACCGCUUCGGCCGCAGACCGGCGCAGGAGCAGCGCUACUCGGAGCAGCACUCCUCCCUUGUGAACAAGGCCUACCAGACGCUGCUGCACCCCCUGAGCCGCGGCCUCUACCUGCUGGAGCUGAGCGGGGUGGAGCCGGCCCAGGAGACGGACUCUGAUGCAGAUUCAGAGUUUCUCAUGGAAAUCAUGGAAAUCAAUGAGAAACUAGCAGAGCCUAAGAAUGAUGAGGUCCUUGGAGAAAUAGAAACUUUAAUUAAAGAUAGACAAGAAGAACUGACCGAAGAGGUGACCGCAGCUUUUGAAAGAGAUGACCUUCAGGAAGCUAAGAAGCUUCUAGCCAAAAUGAAGUACUUUGCAAACUUAGAGGACAAACUAAAGAACAAGAAGAUCCCUUCCUGAUAGUGCCUCCUUUGCCAUUAAGAAUUAACGUAAUGUUUAAUUAAACUGCUGAUUUAGUAACCAAA